AUGGUAAAACUUCACCAAUUUGUCCUGAAACCUAGCAAUGUCUUCCAGAAAACCGCUGUCGCCGCCCUUCUCGUGGGCCUCGUCGCCGUCAACGCCUACACCGUCCAAGUGAACCAUGCCGACACGAUCCCAGUAGGGCUCAGAUGCUCCGCGGACAGGAACUCGUCGACUACAUCAACAAGAAGCAGUCCUCCUUCAAGGCGGAGCUCGGCUCUUACUUCAGCUCCUACCCGGACACCAUCAAGAAGCAGUUGAUGGGAGCCAAGAUGGUCGAGAUUCCAGAGGAGUACAGAGUCAGUCUUGUUCCCAACCCAUACAGUUCUUAUUCACUCUUUUCCAGGUUUUCGAGAUGACCCACCCGGAAAUCCUCGACGCCGCCAUCCCAGACUCGUUCGACUCGCGCGCCCAAUGGCCAGCCUGCACCUCCAUCUCCAAGAUCCGUGACCAGUCGUCCUGCGGAUCCUGCUGGGCCGUCUCUGCCGCCGAGACCAUCUCCGACCGUAUUUGCAUUGCCUCGAACGGAACCACUCAGAUCUCGAUCUCUGCCGACGACAUCAACGCGUGCUGCGGAAUGGUGUGCGGAAACGGAUGCAACGGAGGAUACCCGAUCGAGGCGUGGCGCCACUACGUCAAGAAGGGCUACGUGACCGGAGGCAGCUACACUGAGAAGACCGGAUGCAAGCCGUACCCGUACCCGCCGUGCGAGCACCACGUCAACGGAACGCACUACAAGCCGUGCCCGUCGGACAUGUACCCGACCGACAAGUGCGAGCACUCGUGCCAGGCGGGAUACGCGCUCACCUACCAGCAGGACCUCCACUUCGGACAAUCCGCCUACGCAGUCUCGAAGAAGGCCGCCGAGAUCCAGAAGGAAAUCCUCGCGCACGGACCCGUCGAGGUCGCGUUCACCGUCUACGAGGACUUUGAGCACUACUCGAGCGGAAUCUACGUGCACACCGCCGGAUCGAACCUCGGAGGACACGCGGUAAAGAUGCUCGGAUGGGGAGUCGAGAACGGAACGCCGUACUGGCUGUGCGCCAACUCGUGGAACGAGGACUGGGGAGAGAACGGAUACUUCCGCAUCAUCCGCGGAAUCAACGAGUGCGGAAUCGAGUCCGGAGUCGUCGGAGGAAUCCCAAAGUUGUAA